AUCCCGAAGAAAAGGAACUUGACACACAUGUCAACAAAAAAUAUACAUUAAUACUAGCUAGCACAGCUUGCUGUCUGUAGCCAGCAACGUUAGCCAUCUAGCUAAAUAAACCGUUAUUACGUCAACUGUGGCGUGUGAAGUUGGGGUGCAACGUUGCAGAUACAAUGCAUAGAGCUGUCCGUUUACACUGAUGCAUGCCAAGGUGUGCCAGUGUAGAAUAAGCUGACCCAUCACUGCACCUACAGGUCCUCUGCUGUCCACAUGACCACCCCUCCCAUGGUGGCGUUCGCUGGGCAGCAGGCUCAGGCUGCCCGUGAUGUCAACACGGCGUCGCUCUGUCGCAUCGGCCAGGAGACGGUGCAGGAUAUUGUCUUACGCACCAUGGAGAUCUUCCAGCUGUUGAGGAACAUGCAGCUGCCAAAUGGAGUGACGUACCACCCCAGCACCCACCAGGACAGGCUGGGCAAACUGCAGGAGCACCUGCGUAUGCUCUCUGUACUCUUCCGCAAGCUGCGCCUCGUCUAUGACAAAUGCAAUGAAAACUGCACCGGUCUGGACCCCGUAACCCCAGAGCAACUCAUCCCGUAUGUGGAGGAGGACGGCAGCUCCAGACACAAUGAACGCUCGGCCAGCCAGGCCCGCCCGGAAACAGAAGAGAGGGGGGAGAUCCUGGAGGUUAACAAGAAGCUCAAACAGAAGAACCAACAGCUGAAGCAGAUAAUGGACCAGCUCCGAAACCUCAUCUGGGAGAUAAACUCCAUGCUGGCUGUUAGGAAUUGAAUGCCAAACACGGCGACACAGAGGGCGUGCAUACACACACACACACCACCGACUGGAAGAUAUGGCUAUUAACUGGAUAAGUGACAGGGUCCCUCUAAGGUGGCACUUAAGAAAUACAGGCUUUCACAAUAUACUACUCUUUCCCACAAGACGAGUUGGGAGAGAAGAAGAGGGGGAAGAAAGCAAAGAAGAAUGAAAAUAAGUCAUGCAAUGGGGAAAUGCUGAUAUACACUAACCGGCCAAUUUAUUAGGCACACCCAUUUAGUACUGGGAUCAGACUGGUCAUCUGCUGCAAUAGCCCCAUGCAUGACAAGGACCAACGAGUUGUGUGUCCUGAGAUGCCAUUCUGCGCCAUUAUUUGUUUGUGGCCCACUUGUUAACUUGCAUGAGUCUUGCCAUUCUCCUUCGACCUCUCUCAUCAACGAGCUGUUUUCGCCCACAGGACUGGAUGUUUUUUUUAUUUGUCGCACCGUUCUCGGUAAACCCUAGACACGGUCAUUUGUGAAAAUCCCAGGAGAGCGGCCGUUUCUAAGAUACUGGAUCCGGCGUGCCUGGCACCUGACGAUCAUACCAUGCUCAAAGUUGAUUAGGUCACUCCUUUUGCCCAUUCUAACAUUCAAUCGCACAGUAAUCGAAUGCCUCGAUGCCCCUCUGCAUGCUUUAUACAGCAAGCCACGUGGCUCACUCUCUUUCGGAGCGAUCCAUGUGUGUGAACGGGAUGUUGUACCUAAUACACUGGCCGGUGAGUGUAGUUAUCGCCUACAAUAUUGUGGAGGACUUUCAUAGUUUUGGUUUGAAAGACUAUAGUCAUGGCUUUCAGUAGAAUUCAAAUCAACUGUUUUUAUUAUUUAAAAAAAAACUUUAUUUACCCAGGCAAGUCAGUUAAGAACAAAUUCUUAUUUUCAAUGACGGCCUAGGAACAGUGGGUUAACUGCCUGUUCAGGGGCAGAACGACAGAUUUGUACCUUGUCAGCUCGGGGGUUUGAACUCGCAACCUUCCGGUUACUAGUCCAACGCUCUAACCACUAGGCUACCCUAAAUGCAGGACAAUAUGUAGUCAAUCGUACAACAUUUUAUAUAUUUAAUCUCUAUCCCAAAAUAUGACAAAUACUCAGAUUACCCAUUUAAAGGGGUUUUGAUGUUCUGGACUUUUUAUGAUCAUCACAAUGUCUCGUUAACUUUUGUAAUUCUAUGGCGCUAUAAAUCCUGCUGUGAUUUAGGCCACUGUUUCUUUCUGUUCUAUUUUUAGAUCUGUGUUCUCACUGCUCACGAGGACCGUCAGAUCAGGUCUCUUUGUGGUCUUUUUGGAUUGUCCCCAGGCUUUAAAAGUAAAAAUAAAAAAAUGUACAGCCAGAAACAGUGCCCAGCCAAUAAGCGACAUAAACAACUUAGUAGAGCCCCGCGGCCACUGGGGCCCCCUGACCCUUUGAUUGAAUCCUGGUGUUAUUAUACUGAUGAUUUGUCGGAACAGAGGGUUUCUUUACGUACAGUGCAUUCGGAACGUAUUGAGACCCCUUCACUUGUUCCACAUUUUGUUACAACCUUAUUCUAAAAUGAAUUAAAAUGUUUUUCCCUUCAAUCUACACACAAUACCCCAUAAUGACAAAGCAAAAACAGGUUUAGAAAUUUUAGCAAUAUUACAAAGAAAAAAACAAUCACAUUCAGACCCUUUACUCAGUACUUUGUUGAAGCACCUUUCUGCAGAUCCUCUCAAGCUCUGUCAGGUUGGAUGGGGAGCGUCACUGCACAGCUAUUUUCAGGUCAGAUAUGUUGGAUCGGGUUCAAGUCCGGGCUCUGGCUGGGCCACUCAAGGACAUUGACUUUUACCGAAGCCACCCCUAUGUUGUCUUGGCUGUGUGCUUUGGGUCAUUGUCCUGGUGAACAUUCGCCCCAGUCUGAGGUCCUGAACGCUAUGGAGCAGGUUUUCAUCAAGGAUCUCUGUACUUUGCUCCGUUCAUCUUUUCCUCGAUCCUGACUAGUCUCUCAGUCCCUGCCUCUGAAAAACAUCCCACAGCAUGAUACUGCCACCACCAAGCUUCACCGUAUGGAUGGUCUUGGCCAAGUGAUGAGUGGUGCCUGGUUUCCUCCAGAUGUGACACUUGGCAUUUAGGCCAAAGAGUUCAAUCUUAGUUUCAUCAGACCAGAGAAUCUUGUUUGUCAUGGCACCUAAAGGACUUUCAGACUUCGUGACAAACUCAAAGCAGGCUGUCAUGUGCCUUUUACUGAGCUGUGGCUUCCGCCUACAAUAAAGGCCUGAUUGGCGGAGUGCUGCAGAGAUGGUUGUUCUCCCAUCUCCUCAGAGGAACUCUGGAACUCUGUCAGGGUGACCAUCGGGUUCUUGGUCACCUCCCUCACCAAGGCCCUUCUCCUCCAGUUGCUCAGUUUGGCCAGGCGGCCAGCUCUAGGAAGAGUCUUGGUGGUUCCAAACUUCUAACAUUCAUGAGUGAUGGAUGCCACUGUGUUCUUGAGGACCUUCAAUUCUAAACACAUUUUUUGGUACCCUUCCGCAUGUCUGUGCCUCGACACAAUCUUGUCUUAGAGCUCUACGGACAAUUCCUUCAACCUCAUGGCUUGGAUUUUGCUCUGACAACUGUGGGACCUUGUAUAGACAGGUGUGUGCCUUUCCAAAUCAUGUCCAAUCAAUUUAAUUUACCGCAGGUGGACUCCAAUUACAUUGUAGAAACAUCUCAAGGAUGAUCCAUGGAAACAGGAUGCACCUGAGCUCAAUUUCAAGUGUUUUUGUUUUGUCAUUAUGGGUAUUGUGUGUAGAUUGAUGAGGAAAAUGUUUUAUUCAAUCAAUUUUAGAAUAAGGCUGUAACAUAAAAUUGUGGAGAAAGUCAAGGGGUCUGAAUACAUUUCCAAAUGCAGUGUAGGUGAUUGGUUCUACGGUUGUAGCUGGACGGAGUAGGCCUACAGUUCCAUCUGGUUGUUGACAACUAUCAUUUUAGCUAAGCCUAACCCUUUUUCUAACCUUAACCACAGAUUGGAUUCAAUCUGUAUCAUGGAAGAUCUGCGUUACAAUGUAAAGGUAAUAUCCAAUUAGGUCGACAUAUGCAGCAUUUACCGUGAAUGCACUCCCUGCGAACGCUAUAACACAGAUCUCCCGCAAUAGAGAUUAAAUCCAACCCCUCAUUCUCCUAACCUGCUACGUAAACAAACCAUCAGUCUCGACAAAUCAUUAGCAUCACAUCGGCCUCAAUCAUGUUGAGGGAAGCUCCGCCUUGAGCAGAACUAAUGUGAUUGGUUGGAUGAAAGUAGGUGGUUAAAAAUAGGUUGGAGGCAUUACAUGCGUGUUGCGACCCACUUGGUUGCCAGUUCAAAUCAAGAUUACUUUUGUUUUCCAACCUUACCGAACAUUCUUAACUAAUUACAUUUCUAAUCUAUUAACUUUCAACAUUUGACUGAAUAGCUUUAAAUAUGUGAAAACACAUUUACAUUUACAUUUAAGUCAUUUAGCAGACGCUCUUAUCCAGAGCGACUUACAAAGUUGGUGCAUUCACCUUAUGACAUCCAGUGGAACAGCCACUUUACAAUAGUGCAUAUAAAUCUU